UAGACUCAUUCAGAACUGUUAUGUGUCUGUCAUGUGAACUGUUACUUGUAACAGUUCUGUUUGCCAAACACACAAACUUUACGGCUAGCGGGGCAGCACUGCCUAAAUAAUAUCGGAGCAAAUAAACUUGCCACAUUAAAUACAAAAUCACACACACACACUGGACAAUGGCACAGUUAAAGAAACUGCAUAUGGGCGACAGGCUGGAAGAUCUACAGAAAUGGACAAUAAUUCCCAACUUGCAAAAGACAAGCAUGAAAAUGUUACUCAACACUGCGCGUAAACUGCUGCUGACUGCCGAGGAUUAUCGGCUGGACGGCGAUCAGGAAUUGGCCUACAUUACCUAUAUGAAGUAUUUCAAUAUGCUGUCAUCCAUUCGAGCCAAAUCAGAUUACAACCAGCACAAGCAGUCGGUGCGACAAAUGCUCGGCGACGCUGACUCCAAUCGUCGCAUCAUGGACACCCUGGAGCAGAUAAGCACAUCGCUGAGCAAACGCUAUAAUAUGCUGCUGCCCCGCAGCAAUGGUGCAUCAAUUAGUUCGACGCUGCUCCUGCCGAUGCCGCCAGCUGAACCAGUUGGAGAAACCAAAUCGAUUGCGCCUGCUGCUGCUCAAUAUGCUCAACUGGGCGUCAUUAGCUGUGAGACACUGUUUCAGCGGAUGCAACAGAAAUCGGUGCUGGUCAUGGAUUGCCGCAGCAGCGGCGACUACAAUCACUCGCAUCUGACCUACUACUGUGCCUUCAAUGUGCCUGAAGAGCUGAUAUCUCCGGGGAUGUCAGCGGGCAAAUUGCAAGCGCUUCUGAGCAGCAGCGACAAGGCUUCGUGGGCAUCGCGUUCCGUAAAGGAGUCGGUUGUGUUAAUGGACUGGAACAGCAAAGAUGCGCAGUCGACGAGCAACACAGCGAUUGUCACCCUGCUGGAUAUACUGAAAAAUUGGGAUCCAGAUGUGACUUAUCGCGCACCCAUACAAAUACUGGAGGGCGGCUACGAGUACUUCAUCAUGAUGUACCCGACGCACUCCACCAAUCCCAGCGUGCAAGCACCGCAGCAAAACAAUAAUGACAUCGACACGAUCGAUGACAUUGAAUAUCCAUCCAUAAGCGAUAUUACCAUGAAGGAGGACAUUCUCAAUGGAAGCGAGAACGUGCCCAAACACAAGCAACGACCCAGCAUCAAUCGGGCCAGCAAACCCGCCGCACUGCGCGCCUACGACUCGAACCACCAAUCAAAUCAACAGCCUCUUGACAAUCCCAUCAAUGAAAUUAUGCGAGAUCAGGUAGCGUUGCUGCAGCGCGCACAGCAAAAUGACAUACUGUUGGAUAACGCCGCCAAGAAAUGGAAGAGCAUCAUCGAGCUGAAGCAAUUGCACGCCGAGGGCGCAUUGCUGAGCGGGUCGGAGCAGGAGGUGCUCUACAAUAUACUCCAACUGGAGAGCAGAGCCGACGAUUAUAAAAUGGAAAAUGACCGUCUACGCGACGAGCUCGAUCGCUACAAAGACCAACAGCCACAGCAGCAGCUGCAAAAUGAUGCCGAAACGACCAGGCGCAUUGAGUUCAAUAUAAAGGAGCGUCAGCUGCUCGACGAUCAGCACGAGCGCGAUCGUCUCGAGCGUGAGAAUCAGCUGGCGGUUGCACGUGAGGCAAAGCGGCACUAUAAGCCAUCAGCUGAGACAAAGACCACAUCGGAGGAUUCACCCGAGAGUCCCAUCAAUGAUCUGCAACAGCAGCAGCAGCAACAGCAUAUUAUGCCCAAUGAUGAGGCAAAAGGUGUCACACGUCCCGUCUACGAUCGAUCCACGAAACCGCUGGACCGUGACGUGGAGACGACAGCGACGCGAGUUCGCGAUUUUUCGCCCGUUGUGGGUCAAAAUGUGGGACGCGGCCUAACGGGCCUGAAGAAUCUGGGCAACACUUGCUAUAUGAACAGCAUUCUCCAGUGCCUGAGCAAUACUCCGCAGCUAAUGGAGUUUUGCAUAUCGGACAAAUACCGCAACUAUAUAAGUCGCCGGAACAAAACCAAUGGACAGGUCAUCGAAGAGGUCGCCGCUCUCAUCAAGGAACUGUGGAAUGGCCAAUACAAAUGCGUGGCCAGUCGAGACUUGCGCUACGUUGUGGGCCAGUACCAGAAAAUCUUUCGAGGCGUCGAUCAACAGGAUUCGCAUGAGUUUCUCACCAUACUCAUGGACUGGCUGCAUUCCGAUUUACAGACUUUGAAUGUGCCGCGUCAGCGCGAUGUGAUUAGCGCGUCGGAGAAAGCCUGGCUGGAGUUCACAAAGUCCCAGGAGAGUCUCAUACUGCAUUUAUUCUAUGGACAAAUCAAAAGCACCGUCAAGUGUAUCACCUGCAACAAGGAGUCGGCCACAUAUGAGUGUUUCUCGAAUCUCAGUCUCGAACUGCCGCCCAAUGCAAAUCUCUGCUAUCUGAAUCAGUGCAUGGACAUGUACUUCAGUGGCGAGAAAAUUCACGGCUGGAAUUGUCCCAAUUGCAAAACGAAACGUGAUGCAAUUAAGAAAUUGGACAUUUCCAAACUGCCCCCAGUGUUAGUGGUGCACCUCAAACGCUUUUAUGCGGAUACUAGCAAUACGGGUGCCUAUAUUAAGAAGCAAAACUAUUUACAAUUUCCGCUGGAUAAUCUGGAAAUGAAACCAUACAUUGCACGUGCAGAAUCGCGCACCGUGACACCCAAAACAUACCAACUAUAUGCGGUGUCCAAUCACUACGGUUCCAUGGAGGGUGGGCAUUAUACGGCCUUUUGCAAGAGCGCCAAUUAUGGGCGCUGGUAUAAGUUCGAUGAUCAAAUUGUUUCACCGCUGGAAACGUCAAAUGUCGUCUCGAGCGCCGCCUAUAUACUGUUCUAUACAUGGUUACCGCCAAUGCAGCUCUCAUUGUCAUAGUCGCAAAUCAAACUCAUCAUUAUUCAAUAUGCCCCAUUGUUGUUUUUAUUAUGCGUUUACUUACCAUACUUUCUGAUUAUAUAUAUAUUUUUUUUGUUUUUUUUUUUUCUUUGGCUAUCGAUUUCUAGUCUCUUCACCAAUUUACAUCAAACUGAUGCUUAUUUUAAUUAAUGCUUGUUUGUUGUUAAAUUUCGGACGUAUAUAAAGAAUUUAUACACACGCAUACAAACAUUACCAUUACCAGUUAAUAUUUGGAUAUUAAAACAUUUAUUUAUAUUAAGUGAUGGAAGAAAAAAACAUAGAGCGUUGAAGCAUUUGGAUGGAUAAAUGAAACAAUUUAAGUGCAUUACAGAGUUGAACAAGUGAGCGAGGUAAUCUAGUUUAUUAUAUUUUACACAUAUAUUUUUAAAACCAAAUAAAGGAAAUACAAUUUCUAAAUUGUUAAA